AUGGCAUACCAUGCGUUGACCGAGCCUCCCCGAAACGUCAAGGAGUGCAUGGACUGGUUGAUAGCCCUGAAGGGGAAGGAUCCUGGGAAGAACUUGAAGGCCUUGGGUGAGGCGGUCUACAAAUUUCUCGCAGACAAGCCGGUUGGCAAGAUGCAAGUGCCAGCUCUAGAGAAAGUUAAACAUGUUUCCGAGGUGUUCCUAAGGCGGCAGUGUAUCAGGGAUCAGCCAUUCGUAAGAGAGCUGCUGCAGAGGUUUAAUAAGCCUAUGGAUAAAAACCCGAAAAAGUUCGGCAAUGUAAUAAAAGGUGUCGAGGAAAGUGAUUACAAGAACGUCGUAAAGGCCCGGGGUAAAGUAGUGGAUGCAUACCAGAAAUUCUCGGAUGAAAUAAAACACCCCAAACAUUAUAUGUCUGCUUACAGUUCAAAAGACACGUGGGAUGCGUCAUGCGCACAGGAUCUAGAAGCUUGUGCAGUGGUACUCGUUGGGAUCACCCCGAUGUUAUACGCAGGCAUACGUUCUUUGCGGGAUGCGAGCCAUGAUGAGACUUAUAGCUGGAUGUCAUUGAAAAAGAAGAAGAAUUUAGGAAAGGUAUUGGAAACCGUUGGUUACAAGGAGCCGGAAUGCCGUGCUGGCAUGAGUGGUUCAGAUGUCCUCAAGGUCUUCAGAGUUAUGGAUAAAGAAGCAUUGGAUAUCAUCUACGAUUUCGCUGCAUUCCAGGCUUUUUAUUGGGCACUGAUAUUGUAG